AUGGCGCGCGCUGCAUCCGCAGCGGCUAACGGCGGCUGUGGCGCAACGGCCUCCUCUAGCCGCGCGGCGGCGCUGGUGCUGGCGGUGAACGGGCGGCGCGUGGCGGUGCGCGACGUGGAUCCGCGCAUGUCGCUCAGCGAAUUCCUCCGCAGCAGAACUGCGCUCACAGGCACCAAGCUGGGCUGCGGGGAAGGUGGGUGCGGGGCAUGUGCAGUGAUGGUGGCGCGCUACGACCCGCUCACCCACACGGUGGACGACCGCUCGCUCAACGCCUGCCUGCUGCCACUCGCCUCGCUGCACCUCGCCGCCGUCACCACCGCCGAGGGCCUCUGCCUCUCACCGCUGCCACCGCACUCGGAGUCCCCUCCAGGGAGAGGUGCUGCCCCGGGUGCAUCCCCUGGUGCGUCUCAGGGCGCGGAUAUGGGUGCAGCUGACGGCGCAUGUUUCAACGCAGCUUCACAGCAGCAGCAGCGGGACCCGCACAGCUGCUACAAGGGCGGGCGGGCGGUGGUGCCUCACGCGGUGCAGCAGCGGCUGGCGGGGUUCCACGCGUCGCAGUGUGGCUUCUGCACGCCCGGCGUCGCCAUCGCCCUCUAUGCUGCCCUGCGCCGCCACCAAGCCUCUGCAGCUGGUGAGGGCGGGGGAGGGCAAAGGGCGGGGGUGGAGGUGGUGGCGGGGUUGUCAGAGGAGGAGGCGGAGCAGGCGAUGGCGGGCAACCUGUGUCGCUGCACGGGGUACCGCCCCAUCCUCCACGCCUGCAAGAGCUUUGCUGGCCGCACCACUAGCAGCGCAGGUGCAGGUGCAGGCGGGGCAGACGGCGCAGCAGCGGGAGCAGGAGCAGCGGGGCUGAUGGAUCUGGAGGAGCUGGGGUCGUGCGCUGCUGGCCGUGCUGCUGCAGUGGCGGGGGCGAGGGCGUGCAGGGUGGUGGGGCUCAGCGAGUUCGCCCCUGCUGCACCUGCUGGGGCGCCAGGGCAGGGCGGUGAAGGGCUGCAGCAGCGGAGCAAGUGCAGCGCUGAGUGCAGUGGGGUGUGCAGCGCGCGUGGCAAGCCCCUCCCGCGCUACAACCCCCUCUGCGACCCGCCCUUCCCCGCAUGGCUCAAGCUGGAGGCCCAGCAGCACGCCAGCAGGCAGCAGGGGGGCACAGGGAGGGGGGAGGAUGGCGUGGGAGAUGAAAUGCUGGUGUGGGAGCACUGGGAGAAAGCAGGGGUGGAGGGAGAAUCAGAAUUGGAGGGAGAAGCAGACGCAGUGGCCGUGGCAGGUGAUGGUAGUGACGGUGACGGGGCUAACAGUACAAGAGCUGGUGCUGAGGAGGCGGAGGGGCAGCAGGGGCAGGGACGGAGGAGGAGCAGGAAGGUAACGUGGGUGGCGCCCAGGAGUCUAGAGGAGCUGAGAACGGUGCUGCUGAGGGGAAGGCACGGAGGGAGCAAUUGUGAGAGUGAGUGGGGUGAGGUGCGGCUGGUGGCUGGCAGCACGGCAGCGGGUGUGUAUCCUGACCUGGCGCGCUCUGAUACCAUGGCGCAUGUGACCUUAGUGGACGUCAAGGGACUGCCGGACCUGCAGCGCGUGGCGUGGGAGGAGGGGCCUGCUGGGGAGGAGGGUGAAGGGGACGAGGGUGGAGAGGUGGGGAAGGAGCGUGUGAUGGGGAUUAGGUUUGGUGCGGCUGUGACUCUAUCGGAUGUGAUUGCAGUGCUGGAGGCCGUGGCGGGGAAGGGCGCUGCGGUCCCCGCCAGCACAGAGUACAGACGCCCUGUGAUCCACGGCUGGGAUGACGCCAAAGGGGAAGCAACAGCAGCCGCGGCGGCGGCGGCGGCGGCGGCACCAGUGUUGUCGCGAGUGGCGGCCCAUGUGAGGAGGGUGGCGGGGCCGCAUGUGCGCAACGCUGCCAGCAUCGGGGGCAACCUUGUGCUCGCUGUGUCUCGCAGCUCCUUCCCCUCCGACCCUGCCACUCUGCUGCUGGCCCUCCAUGCCUCCGUGCGCACCGCCACUCCCUCUCCCGCCCCCACUGCCGCUUCCACUGCCACCCCCCCGGCCUCUGUCUCUGCGUCUCUCCUUGCGAGCCUGGGGACUGGGAGCAGCCUGCUGGGUGCUGACACAGCAGGUAGCACAGCAGGCAGCGAUGGGUGGGUAUGGGAGGAGAUACCACUUGAGGACUUCCUUCACCGCUCCCCACUCCCUCCCACCACUCUCCUGCACUCCAUCUUCCUGCCCUGCCCCGCACCCCCUUCCUCCCCCCCUUCCUCCUCCUCGCCCUCCGUUGCCACUCCUGAGCUCGUGUUUGACUCCUUCCGCGCCUCUGCCCGCCCCUCUGGCAACGCCUAUGCCUAUGUCAACGCUGCCUUCCUCCUCUGCAUCUCCCCCUCCUCCCUUCCACCGCCCUCCUCCUCCUCCACCUCCUCCUCUUGCCCUCCCCCGCCCCCCACCAUCCUCUCCGCCUGCCUUGUAUUCGGCGCCUUCAACGGCCCGCACGCCAUCCGAGCCCGCCGCGCCGAGGCCUGUCUGCUGGCAGCCAAUGGCGUGCUGACACCUGGCAGCGUGCUGGCAGCGGUGCGGGCGGUGAGGGAGGAGGUGGUGCCCGCUGAGGGCACGAGGUGGGGGCAGUACCGCGUGGAGGCCGCUGUUGGCUUCCUCUUCUGCUUCCUCUCCCGCCUCCUGCCCCAGACCAACCUGCCCCACACCAGCCUGCACCAGGCGGACCUGCCAAGGAAGGGCAUAGGGAAUGGGGAUGGCACAGUGGGUGGCAGCAACACACGCUGCCCUGGGGAGGGUGGUGGCGCUACUGCUGGUGCUGACAGCACUGAUGGAGCGCAUGGCAGCAGCGGGCAGCAGCACGAGGUGAUGAGGGGCCAGCAGGUCUUCAGUGUCACCAGGGACGUCUUUCCUCUCGCCCUGCCGCUGCCCAAGCUGGGUGCGGACCUGCAGGCCACAGGUAUGUCGCAUCGCAAUGCCCCUCUUCCUUGCUUGUGCCUGCCAUUGUAUCUCCCUCCUCUCCCCCCACUCUCUCCCCCAUCUCCCUCCUCUCCCCCCACUCUCUCCCCCAUCUCCCUCCUCUCCCCCCUCUCUCUCCCCCAUCUCCCUCCUCUCCCCCCUCUCUCUCCCCCAUCUCCCUCCCCUCCCCCCUCUCUCUCCCCCCAUCUCCCUCCUCUCCCCCCUCUCUCUCCCCCAUCUCCCUCCUCUCCCCCCUCUCUCUCCCCCAUCUCCCUCCCCUCCCCCCUCUCUCUCCCCCCAUCUCCCUCCUCUCCCCCCACUCUCUCCCCCAUCUCCCUCCUCUCCCCCCUCUCUCUCCCGCAUCUCCCUCCUCUCCCCCCUCUCUCUCCCCCAUCUCCCUCCCCUCCCCCCUCUCUCUCCCCCCAUCUCCCUCCUCUCCCCCCUCUCUCUCCCCCAUCUCCCUCCUCUCCCUCCCCUCCCAGGCCAUGCCAGGUACGUGGACGACAUGCCAGCGCCAGCCGCGUGUCUGUACGCAGCCUUUGCAGUGGCCACACACCCCUGUGCGCGCAUCACCGCGCGCUGCUACGCUGCAGCGCUGGCCUCCCCGGGGGUGGAGGCGGUGCUGGACGCCUCGCACCUGCCGCCCGGGGGGGCCAACGUUGCCUCACUGCUUGUGGGGGCGGCGGACACGCUGAAGCCUUCGACAAGAGCCCGUUGAAGAUCAGCGGAGAGGUGCGGUCAGGCUCACAGCAGCAUUUCUACUUGGAGCCGCAGGCAGCGCUGGCGGUACCAGACGAGGGGGGCAGCGUGACGGUGCACAGUGCCACGCAGAGCCCCGAGCACACGCAGCAGGCCGUGGCGCUCGCCCUGGGGCUGCCCCUCUCCUGCGUGCGCGUCGUCACCCGCCGCCUUGGCGGCGCGUUCGGUGGCAAGACCGUUCAGGCCAGCCGUGUGGCGGUGGCGUGUGCGCUGGCAGCGCAGCGACUGCACCGCCCCGUGCGCAUGGCCUUGGACCGCAAGGCGGACACGGCCCUAGUGGGCGGGCGACACGAGGCGCGGGCUCGGUACGACGUGGGGUUUGACGGCACGGGGCGCGUGCUCGCACUGCGCGUGCGGGCCGUGCUGAACGGCGGCAGCAGCGCCAGCACCAGCUGCUGGCUCGCUGCCAACUAUGGUCCCGCUCUGGCGCAGUAUGCCUGGGGGGCGCUGGAGGUCGACUUCAGAGUGGUCAGGACGGACCUACCGACGCGCAGCCCAGUGAGGGCGCCAGGCGAGGUGCAGGCGGUGGUGGUGGCGGAGAGUGUGAUGGACCACGUCGCUGCUGCCCUGGGGCUGCCCCCCCUGCUCGUGCGUGAGCGCAACCUUAUCACCACCCACGCUCUCCGUGACUUCUUCCCCUCCGCCUUCCCUGCUCCUCCUCCUGCUCCUCCUGCUGCUGCCAAUCCUGCUGCUCCUGCUGCUCCUGCCACUCCUGCUGCAGCAGAGGGGGAGGAUAACGAGGAGGGGGAUGAGGACGAGGGAGCGAUAGCACAGCGGGUGUGGAGGGAGGCGAAGGCCCUUGCAGGCUACACCGAGCGUGCAGCAGCGGUAGAGGCAUUCAACGCAGCACACGUGUGGCGCAAGCGGGGCCUGGCCAUGGCGCCCGCACUCUACCAUGUGCCGCUGCUCGCCAAGCCCGCUCGCGUGACGGUGUUUGGCGACGGGUCGGUGGUGGUGGAGGCGGGUGGUGUGGAGAUGGGGCAGGGGCUCUCCACCAAGCUGCGCCAGGCCGCUGCCCUCGGCCUCAACGCCCUCUGGACCACCACUGCUACCGGCACAGCAGAUGCUGGUAUCAGCAGUAACAGCCGGAGUGGGAGCGGGACUGGCAGCGGCAACUGCAGCAGCGGUGGCAGCAGUGGUGGUGGCAGCGGAAGCAGCAGCAACGUAUCGGAACCGUGGGGGGUGGAGGUGUGGCGAAUGAGAGUGGUGGAGAACGACAGCCUGUCGAUGGGCAAUGCGGGAAUGACGGCUGCCAGCUCCACUUCUGAAGCCUCCUGUGCCGCCGUGCUGCUCGCCUGUCAAAAGCUGCUGCCCACGCUGCUCACCGCCAAGGCUGCAGCCGAGCAGGCCAAGGCAUGCCAGCGGGUGAAGCGGGAUAGCGGACUUAUUAAAGGGGAGUCACGAAUAGGAGAAGAUGACGUGGCGGUGGAGGAGGGUGACGUGGCGAGGUGGGAGGAGGUGGCAGCGCAGGCCAAGGCCAUGGAGCUCACGCUCUCAGCGCAGGCGCACUUUCAGCCAGACCCCUCCCACGCCUCCUACUUCACCUUUGGUGCCGCCGUCUCAGAGGUGGAGGUGGAGGUGUUGACAGGGGCAGUGGCAGUGCUGCGUGCUGACAUACACUAUGACUGUGCGCGCAGCCUCAACCCGGCUGUCGACAUUGGCCAGGUGGAGGGGGCGUUCGUGCAGGGGCAGGGCUUCUUCACCACGGAAGAGGUGCUGGUGGAGGAAGCUACCGGGAAGCUGCUGUCGGACGGCACGUGGGCGUACAAGGUGCCAUCAUUCGACACCGUGCCCCGUCAGCUCAACGUCUCCCUCCUGCAUGGGACUGCCAACAAGCAAGGCGUGCUCUCCUCCAAAUCAUCUGGCGAGCCCCCGCUGCUGCUCGCCGUCUCCAUCCACUCCGCCAUCCGCCACGCCAUUGCCGCUGCUCGCCGCCAGUUUGCCCACCCAACCACGCAAGCAGGCAGUGCAACUGGCAGGGUCCGGGGUGAGUUUGUGCGCCUGGACUCGCCCGCCACCAUGCCUGUGGUGCAGCGUGCGUGUGGGUCGCACCUGGUGGAGGCUUAUCUGGAGAAGCAGCUCGCUGCGUCUGCUGCUGCUGGUAUUGAUGCUGCUGACGGUGCUGGUGCUAAAAUCAGUGAAGCUGGUGCUUUUCGGGAUACUUAG